CAUGGCAACACUGUCUCCUCCAGCGGUAAAGCAAGAUGGCGACUCUCCGGUGUGACACGGAGAAUGCGGUCGACCAAGUUUCGAUACUGGACAAGCUGAGAGACGUCCUGGUGUGCCACGACAUCAGUCAGGAGCCCGUCCCGACGAAAUUGGGCACCUAUCGCAUCAACAAAUGCGAGCUCAAGGGACAACUCAGAGAUCUUGCGCUCACUCAGCUACGCGACAGAGGCUGCCCUCAUGAAGUUUUGAGCCCACUUGCUGCAGCCAUCGCAUCGGCGGUAGAGAACAGCACAGACGAUCUCAAGGGAUGUCUUCCCCAGAGUGCCGGAGGAGGAGACGGCCCCGAAGAAUACAAUGUUCUCCAGUUGCACAAGCUUAUUCUCAGCACUAUCGGGGAGUUCGGAAAGAAGGUGCGUGGCGGAGAACUCGACGCGCUCGGCUUCCUCAAAGGCAUCGACGGAGCCUCCCCUCGGAUCUCUGUCGCGUCCGUGAAGAACACCAGACGCAAGAUGGAGGACCGUUUCAACUAUGUGCCUGACCUCAGUGCCUUAUAUGAGAUUCAGGGUGCUCCUCCGACGAGCUUUUAUGGUGUCUUUGACGGGCAUGCUGGGACGGAUGCGGCCACGUACGCGGCCAGUCUCCUGCACGAGCGCAUUGCCAGCAGUCCGCAUUACAUUUCUGACCUUGGGAAAGCGAUUCACGAUGCCUUUACUGAAACCGAUGCUCAUUUCUGUGAAAAGAAGCUGGAGAGUGGGACAACCGCAGUGAUCUGUCUCAUCCGAGGCAAGACCCUGUAUGUGGCCUGGCUGGGGGACUCCCAGGCCAUGCUGGUGCGUGGGGGGAAGCCCAUCGCCGUCGUCGACCCGCACAAACCCGAGCGAAAAGAUGAGAAACUUCGAAUCGAGAAUUUGGGCGGGUGUGUGAUUCACUACGGGACUUGGCGGGUUCAAGGUCACUUGGCCGUGUCACGUGCUAUUGGCGACCAGCAGUACAAGCCGUUCGUGACGGGCGAGCCGGACGUGGAGGAGGUGGGGCUGGACGGGACGGAAGACGUUCUCGUGCUUGCUUGCGACGGGCUCUGGGAUCAGGUCUCCUUCCCGCAGGCGGUGGACAUCGUCUACAACCACUUCCAGAAGCAUCCACGUGACGUAGAGGGAUCGAGCAAGGCGUUGGUGCAGGCGGCUCGGCAACGCGGCUCCACUGACAACAUCACCGUGAUAUUGGUCUGUCUGCGGGACCCCUGCCUGAUGGCUGCGCCCCCUGCCGCAGACCCGGGAACGACGACUGCCUCCGGUCUGGAGGAGAAUGGGUUCGAGCGGGAGGACAUCCCGGAGUGGGCACGGGCGAUGAAGCUGCGCUACGAGAUGGAGUACGGGAUGAUGGGAGCCUCGCCGCCCCACAAGUUCAACGGAUUCCAGGUGGGGCCGGGCGGGGACGCUCCGCCCGAUGCCGCUCCUCCCGCCCCGCUUCAGACGGAACUGGACGAAGAGGAGGAGGAGCGGAGGCAGCUCGCCAAGUUUAUGAAGGUCCACGAUGACGAGGACAUCGAGCAGCAGCCGACGCCCGAAGAAGGUCAGUUCCUUCAUCGUGAGCGGGGGUGGUCGUUGGUCGAGGCCUUCCCGGACCUUCCCUUCGUGGGUUCUGGGGGUUUUCACUCGGUUUUCACUCGAUCUGUCCGUCACGGCUGCGGGGGAGGCGAGGCCUUUGGGGGAGGAACUGGGAACUACUUCCGCUUCCCCGAUUCCCUCAAUUACGGCCAAUAA